CGCUCUUCACUUAAACCCUAAGGUCCUUAGGCCCAGGGAGUCAACCAUCUUCUUUCGUCUUCUUCAAUCGGCUUCCCCCGAAUCGUUUUCACCUCUGCUCUCAUAGCUGCUGCAGCGCGGCGGUGUUUCGUUCUCCUCUUAAUGCUUAAUUCACCGAUUUCUUCUGUCCUUUGACUGCAAAUCCUGUUUAUAUAUAUUUGAAUUAGGAUUAUUUAAUACUAGGGCAAAAUGAGGUUGGAGAAAUGUUGGUUUUGCUCUUCUACUGUAUAUCCUGGACAUGGCAUCCAGUUUGUUCGCAAUGAUGCAAAGAUCUUUCGAUUUUGUAGAUCCAAAUGCCAUAAGAACUUUAAAAUGAAGAGAAAUCCUCGUAAAGUAAAAUGGACAAAGGCCUACCGAAGAGUGCAUGGGAAGGACAUGACCCAGGAUUCAACAUUCGAGUUAGAAAGAAAGCGAAAUAGGCCAGAGCGAUAUGACAGGAAUGUUACAGAGAAAACCCUGAAGGCCAUUAAGAAGAUUGACAAAAUCAGAAUGGAUAGGGAGGCCAGACACAUAGAGAAGAGGAUGAAAGGCAAGAAACUGAAGGAGCACAAGGAGGCAUUGAAGGAGUUGGAGCAAGGCAUCCAAUUGGUCAAAGCUCCUUCUGUGCUUCAACAAGAUCCGUCGCUCACAUUACCGAAGGUCAAAGUCAAGGUUUCUCAAGAGCAAUCAGAGGAAAAUCACGCAAUGGAGGAGUGACUUUGUUAGUGAGAUAUACAAAUGCGUUUGCUCUGCAAUUUUUGGAUAUGAUUGGGGUCUUGGUUGAUUCCGAACAAGUAGUCAUCAUCUUGUCUUCUAUGUUCUCUUUUUUGGUGUAUUAAUAUUAAUAUGGUUUUGCUUCUUUGAAUCCACGAUUGUUGUCUUAGGGCGUUAAAAGUAGUUUAUUUUAAGUUUUGUUAAAAUUGAUCAAAUUUUAAUGGUUAAAAAUACAUUGUUAUGUUAAAUAAUAUCGGCACAUGGAA